UGAUAAACCCAAUUGGCAUACUAGUGUAAUAGUGGCAAUUCGGUAAAGAAAGUUGACAGUGACAGUAACUCCUUAUGUACUUUCAGGUUGUAACGUUACCGGCAAGAUUGUCAAAAUGGCGAUCCGGACCACGUUCUAUCAUCCUCCCUAUCAUCACUCGCACAGCUCUGACUUCAGCAAACAACUAUGUCACGACCCAGCGAGCUGUAUCGCUCCCUUCCAAACCUAUCCUCAACCCUCGGUCGGAUCAUGCAAGUCCUCUGUGCGCACAGCUUUCGAGGGAUUUCUUCAUCUGUCUUUCUUCAGCUUCUUCUCUUCCUGUGCUCGUCUUGCGCGCAUGGGUUUGGGACGAUGGGGCCAAUAUCGGCCUCGUUGGGUAAAUAUGAAUUCUUCUGCGCCAUCGAUGCAAGUGGGAAGCAGGAUGUUAUUUGUUGGGGGAAGAACAAUACUUCUGCAGCUCCGCCGUCUUCUCCGGCUUCAGCCUCUGUCACUGACAACCCUCCGAUGGCAGCUUUAUCCGGUGGCGAAGGGUUUAUGUGUGGCAUUCUAGCAAGCACUUCGCAAGCAUACUGCUGGAGCGCCACAAAACCAGCAAUAGAUCUUGUGCCUCCUGCGUACCAAUCCUAUACUUAUUCUCAAAUAGCAGCGGGCAAGAAUCAUGUUUGUGCCAUUAGGGGAUCUUAUUAUUCUAAUGAGGAUGCCGGAAAUGUUGAUUGCUGGGAAAUCGUGAGAACUGCGGACAACAGCUUAAAAUGGAAACAGAGCGAUUUGUAUUACGAUCAGUCAACUAGCAAUCUCGCAUUAGGCAAAGUUGUUGCGGGUGAGGGAUUCUCUUGCGGAGCGGUCAGAGACGGAGGGCUUGUGUGCUGGGGACCUACAUCCGCGAGCUUGGGUGUAUCGAAUGUGUCCGAGAACUUUGCGGUCUUAGUUUCGGGAAGGAGUUCAAUUUGUGGGCUUUUGAACGUUUCCGGAGAUUUGAAAUGUUGGGGUGAUGCAGAUUCAUUUGCUGAUCCACCUGAUGGGGUUGGAUUAACCUCUCUGUCAGCCGGGGCUCGCCAUUAUUGUGGCAUUCGAGCAGAUAAUCAUUUAGUGGAGUGCUGGGGGAGUUUCAAUUCGUCUGUGGUUCCAAAAGGUUCUGGAUUCAUGGCAAUUGCUUCUUCAGAUUAUACAACUUGUGGCGUUAGAGAAGAAGAUCUUCUGAUUGACUGCUGGUUGGUGAACGCGUCCACGGCUGAGUUUGAUCCUCCAUUGGAAUUAUCAAGUCCGGGUCUCUGCAGUGCCAGUUCAUGCAGCCAAGGUGAGUUUGCUUUCAAUGUUAGUGUUCUGAAUGAGCCAGGUUUAACAAGCCUCUGCGUUCGAAGAGAUUUGAGGAUCUGUUCCCCCUGUGGCACAAAUUGUUCAGAAGGCUUUUUCUUGUCCAGUCCAUGCACUGAGAAUUCUGAUAGAGUAUGCGCUGCUUGUUCUCUUUGCCAAAAUAGCUCAUGCUGGGAUGUUUGUCGACAUGAGUCAUCUCCAGAUAUUGUUCACAACAAUAGUUGGCACCAUUUGCGUCGAUUACUGAUCCUAAUUGGGUCAGCCACUUUGGGAUUCUUGUUAAUCAUGACUUGUGGGUGUAUUCUUCCAUGUUUGAUCACCAAGAAAGAAUCCAAAUCUGGCACGGCCAAACCAGAGCAGCAAGUUGAUCCUAAUGUUGAUCUUCACUCUUUUCCUUCAACAACUUCCUGUCCCGGGAUGCCUCAGAUUUUCCGACUCUCGGAGCUAAAGGACGCCACCAAUGGGUUCAAGGAAUUCAACGAGCUUGGUAGAGGAAGUUAUGGUUUUGUAUACAAAGCUGUGUUAGCAGAUGGGAGGGUAGUUGCGGUAAAGAGGGCGAAUGCCGCCACAAUAAUCCACACCAACAAUCGCGACUUCGAAAUGGAACUGGAAAUCCUCUGCAAAAUCCGUCACUGUAAUAUCGUGAACCUGAUUGGUUACUGUGCAGAGAUGGGAGAGAGGCUUCUUGUUUACGAGUAUAUGCCACACGGCACUCUUUAUGAUCACCUUCAUGGUGGGCUUUCUCCUCUGAAUUGGAGCCUCAGGCUGAAGAUAUCAAUGCAAACUGCAAAAGGACUUGAGUAUCUUCAAAAGGAACUAGCGCCACCGAUUGUGCACAGGGAUCUGAAGAGUUCGAACAUUCUCUUGGAUUCUGAGUGGGGAGCGAGAAUUUCAGACUUUGGGCUCAUAUCCAGUGACAGAGAUCAAAAUGGGGACGUGCAGAGCGAUGUUUACAACUUUGGGAUGGUGUUGCUUGAGAUUCUGAGUGGAAGAAAAGCUUAUGACGGAGAUUUUACGCCUCCCAAUAUAGUUGAGUGGGCAGUGCCUCUGAUCAAACAGGGGAAGGCUGCUGCCAUAAUUGAUCGCUCCGUCCCUCUUCCAAGGAUCGUAGAGCCAUUGCUGAAGCUUGCUGAUAUUGCAGAGCUUGCUGUGAGGUACAAUCCGAGCGAGCGUCCGGGUAUGUCAGAUAUAGCAUCUUGGUUGGAGCAGAUUGUGAAGGACGGUCUGAUCUUAUGAUGAUGGUCAUUGUACUUUGAGAAGCUUCAAUUUCAUCCCCUCUUUGGAUUCGGCGAUUGAGUAACGAUCUUCUGCAACCUGUAAAUUAUAUUGAGUCUCUGUUUAUAUAAUUAUAUUGCUUAUGCUUCAUGUAUUUUUGGUCUUGUAUCUCCAAAUGAAUCCUCGCCAAGUGAGGGACAUAACACUGUUGCAGCAUGAGAUACAUCUACAUGAUUGAAUUAUUCUUGCUUGCAGCUGUGAGUGUAGAUGUUGAUCUGAAGUUUUUCGGCCCUCGAGAUCACGCUGGAUCGUGUCUUAUUAAAGUCAUUUUCAUGUAUUUACACCCAAAUCAGGCCCAACUUGCAAAAAAGUUGCCGGUUAGAUUGAAGAAAAUAAA